AUGCAUGUCGGCCUGCGUCCACGAUUGAGAAACCGACCAUCGCUCCUCGACCUCAUCCAUAAGAAGAAUAUCGACCAGAUUUCGACGGCUUUAGAGCGCAUACCCAUACUCGAAGACGACGUCGAGCCACACCGCGUCCCGCUGCCUACGAGCCCGCUGCUACCACCGCAAAGCGAGGUUGCCAGCCAGCCCCCGGCGCCGCCCAUCGCACUAUCGAAAGAUUGCGACAACAUCGAGAAGGAGACUCCAGUAGCAAAGAUGCCUCCUAAACAGCAGAAGAAGCAGGAGCCGAAGAAGGAGCAGAACGAGGAAGCUGAAGAGCAUGGCGCCGUCUACUCCAUCUCCGGUCCUGUCAUCGUAGCCGAGAACAUGAUCGGAUGUGCUAUGUACGAGCUUGUCCGUGUUGGUCAUGAUAACUUGGUAGGAGAAGUUAUUCGCAUUGACGCCGACAAGGCCACCAUUCAGGUCUACGAGGAGACUGCUGGUCUCACGGUCGGCGACCCUGUCUUCAGGUCCGGACAGCCUUUGUCUGUCGAACUCGGCCCCGGUCUUAUGGAGACCAUCUACGACGGUAUCCAGCGUCCACUCAAGGGCAUUGCGGACCAUUCGAACAGCAUCUACAUCCCCCGCGGAAUCAACCUGCCCGCUCUCGACCGUAAGAAGAAGUGGGACUUCACACCAGGCAAGCUGAAGGUGGGCGACCACAUCACUGGAGGCGACGUCUUUGGUAGCGUCUUCGAGAACAGUCUUCUCAGCGACCACAAGAUAUUGCUUCCGCCGCGUGCGAAGGGUACCAUCACCCGCAUCGCAGACAAGGGCAGCUACACUGUGGACGAGAAGAUUUUGGAACUCGACUUCAACGGUACCAAGACGGAGUUUAGCAUGAUGCACAGAUGGCCCGUCCGAGUGCCCCGUCCCUCCAACGAGAAGCUGUCCUCCGACCAACCGCUUAUUGUCGGCCAACGUGUCCUCGAUUCUCUGUUCCCUAGUGUCCAGGGUGGCACCGUGUGCAUUCCUGGUGCUUUCGGAUGCGGCAAGACUGUCAUUUCCCAGUCACUGUCCAAGUUCUCCAACAGCGAUAUUAUUGUCUACGUUGGAUGCGGUGAGCGUGGUAAUGAGAUGGCUGAAGUCUUGAUGGAUUUCCCAGAGCUCACGAUUGAUGUCAACGGCAAGAAGGAGCCCAUCAUGAAGCGCACGACGCUUAUUGCAAACACAUCCAACAUGCCUGUAGCUGCGCGAGAAGCCUCUAUCUACACGGGAAUUACGGUAGCUGAAUAUUUUCGCGAUCAAGGCAAGGAUGUCGCCAUGAUGGCCGACUCUUCGUCUCGAUGGGCUGAGGCUCUUCGUGAGAUUUCUGGCCGUCUUGGAGAGAUGCCUGCUGAUCAGGGUUUCCCUGCGUACUUGGGUGCUAAGCUUGCGUCUUUCUACGAGCGUGCCGGUCGUGUCCAGGCUUUGGGUAGCCCAGAGCGAUAUGGCAGUGUAUCCAUCGUUGGUGCUGUCAGUCCCCCGGGUGGUGAUUUCUCGGAUCCUGUCACUACCAGUACGCUCAACAUCGUGCAAGUCUUUUGGGGUCUCGACAAGAAGCUUGCUCAGCGGAAGCAUUUCCCGUCGGUCAACACAUCGAUCAGUUACAGCAAGUACACGACACCGCUCGACAAGUACUAUGCCAAGAACAACCCCGACUUCCCGCGUCUGCGCGACCGCAUCAAGGAGUUGCUCACCACCUCGGACGAUCUCGACCAGGUCGUGCAGCUCGUCGGUAAAUCCGCCCUGGGUGACUCUGACAAGAUUACGCUUGACGUAGCAACUCUCUUGAAGGAGGACUUCCUGCAACAAAACGGUUACUCAGAUUACGACCAGUUCUGCCCACUGUGGAAGACUGAAUGGAUGAUGAAGAACAUGAUGGCCUUCCACGACGAGGCACAAAAGGCCGUUUCGCAGGGACACAGCUGGCCCAAGAUCAGGGACUCGACCUCAGAGAUCCAGAGCCAGCUCCGCUCCAUGAAGUUCGAGCUGCCUAGCGAAGGCGAGGAGAAGGUCACCAAGAAGUAUGAGGAGCUCCUGCAGAAGAUGACGGAGAAGUUUGCGUCGGUUGUGGACGAAGUUCACCAGAAAGUGUUGCGUAACCCGAAUCGGCCGUUUCCAGUUUCGCCACAGACGUCGUGUUGUGGCGGUGCUCGAGCUUGGGCUACAACGCAUCUGCAACAACUACACAUUGCUCAACAAGGCCCCAGUCGAUGCAACACAUUCGCCUUCCACACCUUGAAUAAUACUCCCUCUCCCUUUAGAUUGUCGGCAAACAAUAAACGCACCUUAUCGACUGCACCCUCUACCUCGCCUGCUAUGGCGACGAAUCCGAAUGCCAUCAACGUCAACGACCCGGGCCUGAUUACCCUCGUGAACAAACUUCAGGAUGUCUUCACUACAGUAGGAGUUCAAAACCCUAUAGAUCUGCCGCAAAUCGCCGUCGUAGGAUCGCAAUCGAGCGGAAAGAGUUCAGUACUAGAGAACAUUGUCGGGCGAGACUUCUUGCCUCGAGGAACAGGUAUCGUCACUCGAAGACCACUCAUUCUCCAGCUGAUCAACCGCGCCGCGGGGACACAAACAAAUGGCGUGAGCGACGAGGUCAAGGCAGAUGGACAGAACAACGCGGAUGAGUGGGGCGAGUUCCUGCAUAUCCCAGGCCAGAAGUUCCACGACUUCCAGAAGAUAAGGGAGGAGAUUGUGCGCGAGACAGAAUCCAAGACUGGUCGCAAUGCGGGUAUCUCGCCAGCGCCCAUCAACCUGCGGAUAUACUCGCCGAAUGUCUUGACUUUGACGCUUGUCGAUCUACCGGGUCUGACCAAAGUGCCUGUAGGAGACCAGCCGAGGGAUAUCGAGAGGCAGAUUCGAGAGAUGGUUCUCAAGCAGAUCAGCAAGUCCAACGCCAUCAUUCUGGCCGUCACUGCCGCGAAUACGGAUUUGGCCAACUCGGAUGGUUUGAAGCUGGCGCGAGAGGUCGACCCAGAAGGACAACGGACAAUUGGUGUCUUGACAAAGGUCGAUCUGAUGGACGACGGAACCGAUGUCGUGGACAUCCUUGCUGGUCGCAUCAUUCCGCUGCGAUUGGGCUACGUUCCCGUUGUAAACCGAGGGCAGAGGGAUAUCGAGAAUAAGAAGGCCAUCUCCUACGCACUCGAGCACGAGAGGCAGUUCUUCGAGAACCACAAGGCGUACAGGAACAAAGCCGCGUACUGUGGUACACCGUAUCUGGCUCGCAAGCUGAAUUUGAUCCUCAUGAUGCACAUCAAGCAAACACUACCCGACAUCAAAGCGCGCAUCGCAUCAUCUCUCCAGAAAUAUCAAGCCGAGCUCCUUUCGCUAGGAAACUCGAUGCUUAGCGACAGCUCCAACAUUGUUCUCAACAUGAUCACCGAGUUCACCAACGAGUACAGGGGCGUUCUUGAGGGCAACAACCAGGAAUUGUCCGCGAUAGAGCUGUCUGGUGGUGCUCGUAUUUCCUUCGUUUAUCACGAGUUGUACGCGAACGGUGUCAAAGCUGUCGAUCCAUUCGACCAGGUCAAGGACGUCGAUAUUCGGACUGUUCUCUACAAUUCCUCUGGUUCAUCGCCAGCGCUGUUUGUUGGUACCACCGCCUUCGAACUCAUCGUCAAGCAACAGAUCAAGCGACUAGAAGACCCCAGCAUCAAGUGUGUAAGCUUGGUGUAUGACGAAUUGAUCCGCAUCCUCGGCCAGCUUCUCAGCAAGAACUCAUUCAGACGGUACCCAGCACUCAAGGAGAAGCUACAUGCGGUCGUUGUUCAUUUCUUCAAGAAGGCCAUGGACCCGACGAACAAGCUUGUGAAAGACCUCGUCGCCAUGGAGUCGUGCUACAUCAACACGGGUCAUCCAGACUUCAUUAACGGUUCUCGCGCCAUGGCGAUCGUGCACGAGCGACACAACAGCGCCAAACCUCAACAAGUAGAUCCAAAGACUGGAAAGCCGCUUCCACCAAGUGUGCCACCGCGGUCGAUAUCACCCACGCUGAAUCCCGAUGACGGCGCUGGAUUCUUCGGCUCUUUCUUCGCCAGUAAGAAUAAGAAGAAGAUGGCUGCUAUGGAGCCCCCGCCAUCCACACUAAAGGCCUCCGGUACACUUUCGGAGAAAGAAGCACAAGAGGUCGAAGUGAUUAAACUCUUGAUCACAUCAUACUUCAACAUCGUCCGCCGGACCAUGAUCGACAUGGUUCCCAAGGCCAUCAUGUUGAACCUAGUGUCAUGGACAAAGGAGAACAUGCAAGGCGAGCUCCUCACCAACAUGUACAAGACAGAUGAGCUUGAUGAGUUGCUUAAAGAGUCGGAGUACACGGUCAGGAGGCGGAAGGACUGCCAGCAGAUGGUGGAGAGCUUGUCGAAGGCGCAAGAAAUUGUCAACCAGGUGCAGUAA